GUUCAAAGCUCGGCGGAAUCCCAUUCUACAUAUGAUCUAUAUAUUCUAGUUGCAGUAAGUGGUCUGAGCUACAGAAAAUACCAUGUUAAACCCUUGAACAGCAAGCAGUCUGCAUUUAUUGGAAAAUCUGUCAAGUACGAGCGAAAAGACCUAACUCAUGCAGAUCAACAAGGUCAACAGUUGCUUCCUGUGGUUAACAACUGCUACCAGGUCUUGUUUGACCAAAACACAAAUCUAAUGCACAGCAUUACGGAGAGGGAGACUAACCAGACUGUCCAGUUGACUCAGGAGUUCCUUGAGUACCGUGUGAAUGGAGACACCACGAAGGGACCGAUUUCAGAUAACUACUUAUUUGCCCCAAAUGCUUCAGCUGUUCCAGUGUCAAAAGCGGUGGGAUUGGAAGUGGUUUCUGGAAAUUUGAUGACAGAGAUACGGCAGUAUUUCUAUAGUAAUGUUACUUCUCAGGAUUACAUAUAUGCACUGUAUACCAGGAUGUAUAGGGUACCAGAAGGCUAUGAUGGGAAGUUGCUUUGCCAUAGGAUAGAGCAAGAAUACAGAGUUGGGCCUUUGGAAUUAAAUUGUGAAGCGGUUCUAAGAACAAGUACAAAUUUGGACACCAGGCAGCUACUCUACACUGACAGCAAUGGAUAUCAGAUUCAGAAAAGACCGUUCAAGGCAUACGAGAAUAACACAGUGGCUCGGAACUAUUACCCUAUGGUCCAGACUGCUUACAUUGAGGAUGAUACCACAAGGCUGGUGCUUCUUGCAGAAAGAGCUCAUGGUGUCUCAAGCCAAGGAAAUGGACAAGUAGAGGUAAUGCUUCACAGGAGGCUAUGGAACAACCUUCAGUGGGACCUGGAUUACAACCUCACUUUAAAUGACUCUUCAGUGGUUCACCCUGUGAUGUGGCUUAUUUUAGGAACAAAAGCUGUCACCAGUAUUUUGUAUUGGACAAGUGGACUGGCAUUAGAACACAGGCCAGUAGUAAUGUUUGGAGCAUCAUCAGGAGAUAAACCAAAGAUACACAGACAGCUUCAGCAGAAUUCAGUCCACAGUUCACAUGUAACUGUCCCACCUAAUCUUCAUCUCCAGACUCUGAGCAUUCCAGGGUGGAGAUACAGCUCUGAUCAUGCAGAGCAGGUCCGCAGCAUCCACAUGGGUAGACAGAAGCAAGGUGAUGCAGACUUCAGUCGUGUCCUGCUAAGAAUUAGGCACUUGUAUGAAGUUGGAGAGGAUCCUUUGCUGUCUCAACCUGUGGUGGUAGAUCUGAAGUCUUUGCUAAAGGGAUUAGGGUCAGUGACAGUAGUGGAAGAGCGAUCACUCACAGGCACCUGGGAUGUAAAUACUUUGAAGCGGUGGAAAUGGAAGACUACACAACAUCCAGGCAAAGGAUUCUUCAAAACGACAGAGACCUCAGGAAACUUUACAGUAACAGUUUACCCAAAGGAAAUAAGGACUUUCUUUGUAUACUUUCAGAGUCAAUAAAGUUUAACAUUACAUUUCAAGAGUGAGUAUGUAAUAGCUUCCAAUUUUUGUUUCAAGAUACAAGUGAUGAUCUUGCAAAACAUUCUACUGUUGUUAAUGAAAGAAAUAGUCAUUUUGGAAUAAACUCUAAAUUUAAUUAAA